AUGAUAAUAACAUGCUCAGGAUCGGAUUAUGAGGGUACAUUUACUAUUGAUGGUGUUUAUUCAUUUGAAACACAUCGAAUGGGUCUCACACAAAAAUAUCAACAAGGUACUGGUUAUCCAAUAAAGAAUUUAGGCCAUCAAGUCACUAUUCAACUGACGUGGAAUGCUCAAGAUGAUCAAUUUGAAGGCAAAUAUUAUGUUCGAACAAAUAAAUAUAAGAAUGAAGAUAAAUUUCAACUUAAAAUCAAUAGACAACAAGAACUUUCUACAUAUUACAUACAAGAGAUGCCGAGUGGGUUGAGUGGGAACGGGUACCCAUUGGCUUGGAACGCUUACUCAUUGGGUUGGAACGGGCACUCAUUGGGUUGGAACGGGCACUCAUUAGGUGAAAACGGGUACCCUUCAGGUGGAAACGGGUAUCCGUUGGGUUACAACGGGUACUCAUUGGAUGGGAACUGGCACCCAUCAGGUGGGAACGGGUACCCAUUGGAUUUUAGCCUCUAUAAGUUAGCCUUAACCCAAACCAGUGGGCUGGGCAGGCCAGCUGAAUGAUUCCAAUCCCGACCCACCUAUUAAAUUUUUUAAGUAGACUUUACGAUGUAUCAUUUUAGUUCGAUCGAUCGAAAAUUAAGUUAAAAAUGGCAUUGGCACAUUAGAUUAUUACUCAUCUCAUACAAAUUUUUUUAAAUUAGUUUUUUUUUGUAAGAAAGUCUACAUGCAAAAUGAGGAUCGGAUAUAGUUUGAUUUUUGCUUCAGACAAAUAUCUGCUUUAUCUAUUUCUUUCAUCUGGUAUGUUUUUCUCUACGUGUAGUUAACAGUGCCAAAGUGAAUAAUAAUAUAACUAAUAUAAUUACUGGUUAUGUUCUCUUCUUGAUUUAUAUUUUAUUGUUUCCUUUAAUGCUCAUAGCCAUGGUGAAUAUUGCCGUUUUAUCCAUAUGAAAAUUAAAAAAAUAUGCAAGGUAUCCCUAAGGUUCACCAGAAAAGUAAACUUGAAUAUCUCGUACGCAAAUCAAGUGAUUUUCAUUUUUGUAUAUUACAAUAUUAGUUUCCUUGAAGUUUCAUUUCCUGCGAUUUAUUUUGCAAUGCAUAUUAAAAACAAUGACAUCCGACUGAAACACAAAUCUCUCGCUUUUGAAGUAUUAGAAUAAAGACAAUCUAUAUUUCGCCUUUUUAUUAGUUUAUUGUCGUUAUUAAUAUUUAUUCAAAAUUAAAUUUGAUAUUCAAUCUUCAAUAAGUAUCAAAUAGACAUUGGCUUUUACUUUAUUUCUAUUGGCGAAUUCACUCGAAUGAAAAACGAUUUCGUUAAAAAAAAGCGAAUGAAUUUUAGGUCUUGGUGGAAAAUGUCGAAAGAGGAAAAAUGUCGAAAAAAAAAUAGGAAAGGAAGAUAUCGAAAGGAAAAUGUCGAAAUGAUUGAUCCGUUCGUGUAAUGCAUGAUUGAUUGUAUGCUUUAUUAAUUUAAAAAUGAAAAGCCAAAAGAAAAUUCAGAAUAUUAUAAAAUGCUACUUUUUUUUCUUCCAAAUUAGUAACGAUAAGCUUGACAAUAGUGUCUUGGCAUCUAUUUGCUUCUUGAGAAAUCUAUCGUGCAGAGUAUCAAGUCUUAUUUGAAAAGCUUUUGUUUUUGUUGAUUUUUUCGGUGCAGAUGCACCAGCAUCAAGUUGAAUUGAAAUAUGUUCGAAACGAACAUGUUCUUGUCGAAUCAAUUGAAUAAAGGGUGGGUGGGUGUGAAUGUUGACAUUAAUUUCGCACCUACACCCCACAUCCACACCCACCCACACUCUGACAUCUUUCAACUUAUUCGACAUUGUCCUUUUCGAUAUUUUCCUUUUCUGCUAUUUUUUCCUUCGACGUUUUCCUCUAACCCCGAAUUUUAUUGAUUGUAACUGCCCUUUACCAAUGAUAUCAAAUAUUUACAUGCUUGAACUCGAAUUUGUAAACUAUUAAUAUUAAAUAUUUUGUCAAAUCGAACCCAUUAUGACUUACGAGGGAACCACCCGAGGUGUCAAAAAGCUUUUCAGUCGGAGAUAUGAUGGUUAGAUAGGGCAUAGCUAGGAGUGAUAUACCCUAAGUUAGUUCGUGCCCAAGUUGCUUCUAACAGGAGUUAUGAAAUGUGAAAUUUAGGUAUAAAAAUGAAUCAGGGAAGG